CAAUGUCACGUCGUGGUCAUGCUUGUGGUCACGUCAAUGGUUGAUUAUGAGGUUAUGUUGUGAUAAAGUUAUUGCAAACAAAACCGAAUGAAAACAAAUGUAAAAUUGAUUAAUAUACAAUAUAAUACAUUAUGCAAAUCGAGGACAAAAUGUGGCGACGGUACCUUGUGUGGUUCGCACAAGAACACGUCGAUUUUCGUCAUGCAGAAAUGCAAAGUAUAAUAUCUCUGCUCAAUAUACCAGUGAGGUUUGUAGAGAAGCCUUGCGUUCAGAAGCCUUACUGGAUAGUUGAGCUUCCUUCAGAAGAUUGUGCCCGAAAAAUAGCUUCUCGGUCUGUAUUGAUGAAAAACUGUAUAGAGUUGUGGUCCAGAGCAAGAACUGAGGCACAAUUACAUGCUAACUUGAAGAAUUCCUUGAAAAACUCUACAGGAAGUUGGAUAGUAGGGGAGAAUAGUAAUGGCAUUAGCGAUACCAGUGUGUGCCCUAAAGAGUUGAUAGAAUCUAUUUGUACUCCAAAAAAGUCUUAUAAAGUGGAAGUCGAAACAUUUUGCAAACAUUUCACGAUGAAAGAAAAGGUUGAGAAAAUAGAGACAUUCAGUUACUUACCACUUGAGGGACCAGUGAAACUCAAGAAUCCUGAUGUGACCCUUGCUUACUUAGAGUUCUAUGGAGUAGACCCUAAUGAUGUACCUGAAAAGCCUUAUGAUGUAUUUUUUGGAAAAUGGAUAGCAGAUGGCCAACGUGACCUGAUCCAAGUGCAUUCACUGAAAAAGCGGCAAUUCAUCGGCAACACGAGCAUGGAUGCACAGCUGGCCAUCAUUAUGGCUAACCAGGCUCAAGUGAAGGUCGGCGAUAUGGUGCUUGACCCCUUUGUCGGGUCUGGCUCUCUGCUUGUGGCUGCUGCUCAUUUUGGAGCCUAUGUAUGGGGCUCUGACAUAGAUUACCUGAUGCUGCACGCGCGGACGCGGCCCACUCGCGUCGGUCAAAAGAUACGGACAAAGGAAGAGAGUAUACGAGGGAACAUGAGACAGUAUGGAACUGAGUCCAGGUAUCUAGAUGUUGUUGUGAGCGACUUCUCUCUGCACAAUUGGAGAUCAGACCUGAAGUUUGAUGCUAUCAUUACUGAUCCGCCAUACGGUGUACGCGAACCUACAGAGAAGAUCGGCAUAGAACGCGAGAACUACACGAUAUCUGAGGAGCAGCUAGCUAACCACGUGCCUUCUAAAGUGGAGUACGGCUUGUCGCAUAUCUACAGUGACCUCCUCAACUUUGCCGCUAACCAUCUCGAGAUGGGUCGGCGGCUGGUCUGCUGGUAUCCUUUGGUUAGAGAAGAAUACGAAGAAUCCCAGCUACCAUCCCACCCGUGUCUGAAACUCGUGGGUAAUUCAGAACAGGUACUGUCUAAGUUAGCGGCACGGAGGCUACUCACGUAUGAAAAGGUGCAAGACGACGCGCCCAAUAUGCCGCUAGAUCCUAAUGCUGUACAUAACUUUAGGGAAAAGUACUUCACAAUGGGCGAGAUGACAAGGCGGGAGAGAAAGGAGAAACGCGCGGGAGAAGUUGCCGCCUACCUCGCCAGCAAGAUGGCCGCCCUGAGAGAUGACGUCACAUGACACGUUACUUAGCAAAGAUAUAGUUCUAUUAAAGUUUUAAGAAUA